UCUAUCUCCUCUUUUUUACUUCUCUCUCUGAAUUCUUUCACAAUACUCCUUUCCUUCCCAUCUUACUUUAAAUUUCUUUCUUUUUUCUCCUUUUAUAACUUGAUGUCUGAGCCUUUCUACCCUCUGAUAUGAUCCUCUUUGAACCCUUAUCUCCUCUUUCUGCUUAAAUUAACAGAACAGUUCUCAGUGAUUGGACCCACAGGACCCAUCCAAGCCUCACUUGGAGGAGAGGCAGAGCUCUCUUGUUACCUGUCCCCAUCUCAGAGUGCUCAGCAUAUGGAGGUGGUCUGGUUCCAAUCCACUUCGAUAGUACAUGUCUAUCGAAAUGGGGAGGAUCAUUUUGGAGAUCAGGCCCUCAAUUAUCAAGGGAGGACAGAACUGUUGAAAGAAGCUAUCAUACAUGGGAAUAUUACUCUGAAAAUCUGGGAUGUGAGAUUCUUGGAUGCAGGAAGGUAUAUGUGUCUCAUUGAAGAUGGUGUUCACCAAGAGGAAGCUAACAUGGAGCUGAAAGUCUCAGGUGGAAAAUUUGAAUCAAAUAUGUUGUUACCAAAAACCAUUUGGAUCUACAUUCCACUUUGGUUCGUGCCAUAUUUAGUAUUUCUAAUAUUGAUGCUGUUUGUACUAGCAUCUUUUCGCAGGUCAAUACCCUGGAUGGUUGAGAUUAGUGGAAUUAUAAUUCUGAUUUCUACACUAGAGAUGGAAAUGACUAUUUUUUACUUGUGGAUGCAGCUCAGAUGCAGAGGGUUUCUUUUUGAUGAAACACCAUUUUGGAAGGACUGGAAAAUGACAUUACUAAUAAUAUCCCUAAUAAUUACAACAUUUAUUCCCAUUACAUUGCAAAUAAAAUACUGCUGGCAACACAGGAACCUUCGGAGCAUCUAACUAUUCUCUAGAGCUAUCAAGGUGUGAAUGAAGACUUUUUUAUAGACUCCCUCGCAGUUCCAUGAUGUUGGUUCCAGUUCUUGCUGGAGGGGUGGAGCUUUACCUGUACACUGACUUUGUACCAGAGCAAAUAAAAGUACAUGUGCUAAAAAAAUGAGGGCUUGAGUCAUUAGUGUUUACCUUAAGAAAUAUAGAAACACCAAUGUAGUUAUAAUGCAGAAUCUUUAAUUGGGGCAAGGAGAUUAUAAUCUAAAAAACCAAAUAUUGACAUUGCCCUGGGAUUAUAAUUUGGGGGAGCCACACAGAGGCAAUGGGACUUCCUCCUGAACUAACAAAAUAGAGGUGCUUAUAUUAAGGAGUUGCAAUAUCCAGGUUAUGUUGAGUUCACUGAAGUUUGGGAAAGAUAUAAUAACCAGAGUCACAAAUGCUUGAGAAAAAAAUUACCAGAGGUUAGAAUGAAUGGAAAGAUGCUUAAUGUUUGAUUGUUUUUUAACUCAAUCCUGGAAAGGGCCAACCAUAAUUAAUUCAUAUUUGUCUUUUGAUUUCUUUGUUUUAACACUAAAAGUCUGGGAAAGAGUCAUUCUGAAGAAUAUAGAGGAUAUAUAUUGCAUAUACAAGUCUUUCUAAUUCCCUUUGUAAUUUGGGGGUGAUUCACAUUCCUUAGAUGGAGAAAUGAGGGUUGAAAGCAGUGAGGAAAAGGUUGAUGAAAAUGGCUUCCCUCACUACUCCCUCCCUGAGUCCCUGAAUUACUUGAGGGAGACAAAAUGGAGAUCUCCCCAUGGUGAAGGUUUGUCCUUGGUGGCCAUGCCAGACCUCAAGGGCAGUGGGGAAAUCUUCUCUACAAGGAGAGGUAUGAGGGGCCUCAAUCUGGAUAUGUGCUGCCUUGGGGUGCUCAUAAGCCCCGCCCCCCAUGUCUUCCUGAAAACUGGCAACAAGAUGGAGUCUGCCAAUGGGCUUACUCUCUAGAUAUAAAUAAACAAGAUUGAAUUUGCUAUCUGACUGCUUGUUAGAUAUUGUUGAUUGGGGCAAAGGGUCGAGGUUAGAGGGGUUCUGAAUAUCCUAAAUAACUUUCUAAAUAAAACUAAUUACUGAAGUACAAGGUUUUCUUGUGCCCAGGUGAGAAGUAGAAUAGGGCUGCUCACCAAUUUGAGUCCAGUAUCUCAAUAGUUCCUGGAAUGAAAAGUCUUUGAAGAAAUUAGGUUUCUUGACAGGAACCAGCGAAGUUUAAACAGGAACCCUUGAUAUUAGGUUUUCUGUCAGAUAUCUCCACAGGUGUCUUGAAUGGCCCCGAGAAACAGCUCCUCUUUCCCUCCCUUCUGUGUCUCAGCCCUCAAACCCCUGCUCCUCUGGAGAAUUUCCCAGAAGCCCUUGUUCUUCCCAUCUGUCAUCCUUGUCUCAUGCAACUGUCAAUCCUCAACAUUCCAUUCAACCCCAAUGGUUCUCUUUCCUAUUCCUCAUCAUUACACCUUGAAUCUCUGAAUUUUUUUUAAACCCUUGUCUUCUGCUUAGAAUUGAUAAUAUUGUUUCCAAGGCAUGCAUUUUCCAUAUUCAUUGUUUCUUACCACAUGGCUUUCUUUACCUUCCUUUUUGCUUUGCUUCUUCUUUAUUCCCUCAGGCUAUCCCUGAAUUCUGUAGGCCUUCUCUUAGCUGCCCCAACCUUCCUGAUCUAUUAUUUGAUCCUUCAGAUACCUCCCUAUUCCCUAAGCUUCUUCCAAUUUCCUGUCCUUCUUUCAACCUUCCUAGUACCUAGUCUUGUCUGUUCUUUCAGUCUGUUUCCUUCAUCUUCAAAGCUUCACUCAUCACUUCAUAUCUCUGACCUCCUUUCAGUCUUCCUUUUGCUUUAGUUUCUUUAGAUUUUAGAUUUCCUUCUUUUUAAAAAAAAAAAUGUUUGUUUCCUUAAAACAACCAGGCAACUGCUUCUCUCCUUUCCCUCUCCCAAUUAGAGAAAGCAUCAUUUGACAAAAAGAUGUGUUCAUAUAAAAUUAUGUCUUCCUUAUUUCUUUGAAGGUGGGCAUACACAAGUCAUUCUUCAAACAAUAUCUCUGUUGCUGUAUGUAAUGUUCUAUAUAACACUGAUUUUGCUUAUUUGAUUCUUCAAAAUUUCAUGUAGGUCUUUCCAUAUUUUUUUAAUUAAUCUGUCUGGGGCACCUAGGUGGCUCAGUGGAUAGAGAAUCAGGCCUGAAGACAGUAGGUUCUGGGUUCAAAUUUGACUCCUGACACUUCCUAGCUUCGUGACCCUAAGCAACUCUCUUAAACCUAAAUGCCUAGCUCUUACCAUUCUUCUGUCUUGGAACUGAUACUCAUUAUCAAUUCUGACAGAAAAGUAAAGAUUUAAAAAAAUUAAAUUAAAUGAACCUGUUAUUUAUUUCUUACAGUGCAGUAGUAUUUCAUCACAAUCCUAUUCUACAAUUUGUUUAUUCACCAGUUGAUGGGCAUCCCUUCAUUUUCCACUAAAAAGAGAACUACCAUAAAUAUUGGGGGUGGGGGGAAGCUGGGUGGCUCAGUGGAUUGAGAGACAGGCCUAGAGACGGGAGGUCCUAGGUUCACAUCUGGCCUUAGAUACUUCCUAGCUGUGUGAUGUUUUU